AUGCCUCCAAAGACAGAACCUAGAAAGUGGAAGCCUCCAAAGGGGCCGAAAAAUACUCCUCACAAAAACAAGAACACGAUCGGUCUGGGUAAGAGUAUCAAGAAUGUGAAAAACCAGGAGAAUAAAGUCUACUACCUUCCGGACGGUGAGAUGCGAUUCACAACAGACAAGCAUGAAGACGACUGGGUGAAACUUCGGUCCGUCACUCAGGAGAAUGCUUUGGACGAAUUCUUGAACACUGCAGCUUUGGCAGACACAGAUUUCGCGGCUGAAAGAACAUCGGGGAUAAAGAUCGUUAAGGUCAAUCAGCAGGCAGUUGAUACGGGAAAUUACAACCCUUACUUAUUAACUACCGAAGAAGAAAUCAAAAAGUUCAAAAUCCAACAAGAACACCAGAGUGAACUGAGGGUUCCUAGACGUCCUAGAUGGACCAAACAGAUGACCAAAUUCGAGCUUGAAAGGUUAGAAAGUGAAGCUUUCUUAGAUUGGAGAAGAAAGCUUGCAAUGCUCCAACAGAACCAUGACUUAUUACUGACACCAUUUGAAAGAAACAUCAUGGUGUGGAAACAACUUUGGAGAGUUGUCGAAAGAUCUGAUUUGGUUGUUCAAAUUGUUGAUGCGAGAAACCCAUUGCUUUUCCGUUCUGUCGACCUCGAAGCAUAUGUGAAGGAACUUAACCCCUUGAAGCGUAACUUAUUGUUGGUUAACAAGGCAGAUCUUUUAACAUUUGAGCAGAGACUGGAAUGGGCUCGUUAUUUCCGUGCGCAUGAUAUCAAGUAUACAUUUUUCAGUGCUUUUUUGGCCAAUGAAGAUCUCGAGAGAGAAAGAGAAAGACUAGAGCAGCAAGACGACUCCGCUGAAUAUAAGGCUACCAUUAGAAAACCGGCCAAAGAACAAAAGGAAAGCGCUGACGAUUUUGAUUUGACCGAGAGCGAUGCAUCUUUUUCAGACGAAGACGAGGAUGAGGAUGAGGAGUUGGAGCGGUUGAAACAAGAAGUGAACAACCUACAGAGAGAAGUUGAAUUGGAUGAUCAACCGGAGAGUACUGUAAGCACAGAAAAUGAUGAACAGAAAGCUGGAGACGGGGAGGCUUCGAAUGAAAACCUCCAAGAUCAAUUAGAAUGGACCAGAAUUAUCACCGUUCAAGAACUCGAGGAAUUAUGUUUGAAAGUUGCACCUGAACCUUUAACAGAACCACCUGAAGGGCAGCCAAAAAGAUUGCAGAUUGGGCUUGUGGGAUACCCGAAUGUGGGUAAGUCUUCCACCAUCAACGCAUUGGUUGGAUCCAAGAAGGUGUCCGUUUCUUCGACUCCAGGAAAAACGAAGCAUUUCCAGACAAUUUUGCUUUCCGACAAAGUCAUCCUCUGCGAUUGUCCAGGUCUGGUUUUCCCGAAUUUUGCUUACACAAAUGCAGAGUUGGUCUGUAACGGUGUUCUUCCGAUCGAUCAGCUACGUGAACACACGGCACCGACUCAGCUGGUGGCGGAAAGAAUCCCAAAGUAUUUUCUGGAAGCAGUUUAUGGUAUUGCUAUCAAUACUACAUCAAUAGAGGAAGGGGGAACCGGGAGACCAAAUUCCCACGAACUUUUAAAUGCGUUUGCAAGAGCAAGGGGAUUUAUGACUCAAGGUUUUGGAUCUGCCGAUGAGAGUCGUGCGGCAAGAUACAUUCUAAAGGAUUAUGCCACGGGAAAACUUUUAUUUGUGGAGCCACCUCCAAACGAAGACGGUUCCAGACGUGACGAGGAAAGCUGCCGUCGGUUCAAUGAAGACUUAUACACGGUGCAAAACCUUCCUGAACAAAGAAAGCAGCAAGUUUUAAAUGCCAUUAGAGAUAAAAACUUGAAUGUUGAAAGUUUCGACCUUGCCAAUGAUCUCAGCAAACUUACAUUUUCUUCGCACUUAUCUGCCGAUGAUGCCCUCAAUGGUAACAAACAUGCAAGAACUUACGGUGGUAAACAGGCGGCUAUACUCAACUCUGCUGCUGAACUUGAUAACGAAUUUUUCAAAAUGAACCAAGUCCAAGGAAGUUUCCAAACGCCGUUCCACAGCAAAUCAAUUCAAAGCAACAAGAAACAUAAUAAGGCUAAUAAGAAGAAGGCCAAGAAGCUCAGAAAAGCUUCAGUGGCUGCUUAA